GAAAUGAACGUGCGAUCGAGAAGAUUCUACCGAAUAGUUUUUUGUAUUUUCCUUCUGAGUCCGAGCGUGUACUCGUCGGUGUUGAAAGAUGCGCUCGAGGAGCACCUCAAGGAUAUCGAGCACAACGAGGAGAACGAGACUUUUAAGCUGCAGAAGGAGAAGGGCGAGAAGGACCACCACAUCGAGAGCCGCCUGGACGACACCCACACGCACCAAAACACCAAGAGUAGUGACGACGUCAAGUAUUUGAAGAAGGACGUCGAGAGCAAAGUCACGGCCGACAAGGGCGCGCACGGCGGGUACACCACCAAGCAGGACAAGGCCGAGGACAGCCAGUCCACUGGCUUCAAGCGCGGCCACAAGAAGGGCCACCACAAGCAGGGCUUCCAGAACUCCUACCACAAGGACGAGUCGUCCAACAAGAGCACGUUCUUCGACGACUUCAACGACGAGGGCGACCAGGCGGGGUACAACAGCAAGCUCAACAACCACGACAACCACUACGGCCGCAACUACCAGGGGUCGCACAACAACGGGCAGGAGUACCUGCGCGACAACUACCACGGCGGCGGCCACAGCCGCUACGGCGACAACGGCGUGAAGCGCGUCGCGCACAAGGACUACGGCCGCAAGCACUACCUCGACAACUCCGAGCUGCACGACCGGUACCGGGCCGGCCGCGACUACCGCGACCGCGGUAACGUGCGCGAGCGACACGAGUACAGCGAGCCGCACGUGCACCGGGACCCGGGGUGGGACUGGCAGCGCUGGGACGAGCGCCGGGGCUGGGACCGCCCGCAGUGGGACCGCCGCGGCUGGGACUACGGCGGGCCGGGCCACUACGACGACCACGGCGUUCGCCACGACGGGUACGGGCACGGGCCCGACCACGGCUACGGGUACCGCUACGGCGAGUCGCGCGACACGCCCGUCGCUGAGGUGCCGCGGGACGCGCCGGUCGUCGCGCACCGCAAGCAGACCAUCACCAUUUACGAGGACCCGCGGUACUCGGGCCCGGACGAGGGUCAGCUGCGGCAGGGCGGGGACCACCUGCAGCUGGACUUCCAGCCGAGCGCCCGCCGGUACGCCAGCUACGACGACACCUACUACAGCGCCCCCGCGCGCACUGCCCAGGCCAGCCAAAUUAAUAAAUUAGUCUACAACUACAAGCGCCAGUAA